AUGGAUUAUCCCAAAAUGGAUUAUUUUCUGGAUGUGGAGUCUGCUCAUAGACUCUUGGAUGUUGAGUCGGCUCAGAGAUUCUUCUAUAGUCAAGGAGCUCAAGCUCGCCGGGCGACCCUGCUCCUGCCUCCCACAUUAAUGGCGGCAUCUUCGGAGGAUGAUAUAGACCGGCGGCCCAUCAGAAGAGUCCGCUCCAAGAGCGACACGCCGUACCUCGCCGAAGCCAGGAUCUCCUUCAACCUAGGGGCAGCUGAGGAAGUGGAGAGACUCGCAGCCAUGCGUUCAGACUCCCUUGUCCCAGGUACCCACACCCCUCCCAUCCGGAGGAGAAGUAAGUUUGCCAACCUGGGAAGGAUCUUCAAGCCUUGGAAGUGGAGAAAGAAGAAAAGUGAGAAAUUCAAACACACAUCUGCAGCCCUGGAAAGGAAAAUAUCAAUGAGGCAAAGCAGAGAGGAGCUGAUAAAACGAGGGGUCUUGAAGGAAAUCUAUGAUAAAGAUGGGGAGCUCUCCAUAUCGAACGAAGAUGAUUCGCUGGAAAACGGACAGUCCCUGAGUUCCAGCCAGCUGUCUCUGCCAGCCCUGUCCGAAAUGGAGCCGGUUCCCAUGCCCAGGGAUCCCUGCUCAUACGAGGUGCUCCAGCCUUCAGACAUCAUGGAUGGGACAGUGUCUGAAGAGAGUCCCUCUGCCAGUGAGUCUGGAGUCCUCCUGUCCCAAGAUCCUUCAGCCAAACCAGUCCUGCUACUGCCCCCCAAAAAACCUGCUGCUUUCUCUGGAGACCAUGAGGAGACCCCAGUGAAGCAGCUGUCCCUUCUCAAGCAACCCCCCGCCCUGCCUCCCAAACCCACUGCCAAGAUUGCCAACCACUUAACAGAUCCUGGCGGCCCUGUGAAAUUGCCUUGUCUGCCCGUCAAACUGUCGCCUCCACUACCUCCAAAGAAAGUCAUGAUCUGCAUGCCUGUCGGGGGGCCAGACCUCUCCCUGGCAUCCUACGCGGCCCAGAAGAGCGGCCCGCAGAGUGGGGCCCAGCACCACCACACGGUCCUGCCGUCCCAGAUCCAACACCAGCUGCAGUACGGCAGUCUCGGCCCGCACCUCCCCUCCACCACCGGCUCCCUCCCCAUGCACCCCUCUGGCUGCAGGAUGAUCGAGGAGCUGAACAAAACGCUGGCCAUGACCAUGCAGAGGCUGGAAAGCUCUGAGCAGCGGGUCCCCUGUUCCACUUCUUACCACAGCUCUGGUUUGCACUCCGGUGACGGUGUCACCAAAGCGGGACCUCUGGGCCUUCCGGAAAUAAGACAAGUGCCAACUGUUGUGAUUGAAUGUGAUGACAAUAAAGAAAAUGUGCCUCACGAAUCAGACUACGAAGACUCUUCUUGCCUGUACACGAGAGAGGAGGAGGAAGAGGAGGACGAAGACGAUGACAGUGCGCUAUACACCACCUCCCUGGCCAUGAAGGUGUGCAGGAAGGACUCCUUAGCCAUCAAACUCAGCAACAGGCCCUCCAAGCGGGAGCUCGAAGAAAAGAACAUCCUUCCCAGGCAGACGGAUGAAGAGAGACUGGAGCUGAGGCAGCAGAUCGGCACCAAGCUCACCAGGCGGCUGAGCCAGAGGCCGACGGCGGAGGAGCUGGAGCAGAGGAAUAUUCUAAAACCUCGGAAUGAACAGGAGGAACAAGAGGAGAAGAGAGAGAUCAAGAGGAGGUUAACUCGAAAGCUCAGCCAAAGACCCACGGUGGAAGAACUUAGAGAAAGAAAGAUCCUCAUCCGUUUCAGCGACUACGUGGAGGUGGCUGAUGCUCAGGACUACGACCGCAGGGCCGACAAGCCGUGGACCCGCCUCACCGCCGCCGACAAAGCUGCCAUUCGAAAGGAGCUCAAUGAAUUUAAAAGCACCGAAAUGGAAGUUCAUGAAUUGAGUAGACAUUUAACAAGGUUUCACCGACCUUAACAGUCAAAUUCCUCUUGAGUGCUAUGCUGUCUUCAAAACAUAAAUUUAUAAGAACCAUAAGUGCUGGUAUUUAUUCACUUCCCCAUUAUGAUGUAAAUCUUCUGAACUGCCUUUUUUUAAAAAAGAAGAAGAAGAAAAAUAAAAGGAAACGUGAUCAGGAUUCUCUUUGCGAAAAUACGGGGGUCACCGCUCGGCGGUCAGAACCACUGGCACCACGCGGAUACCGAGGACACCGGUGGGUCGGACGGAAGACUCCCUGGCGCUCGGAGCGGGCCCCGGCCUCUCCAGCCAGGCCCAGCAGGCCAACCUCCUUUAGGCUCAUUUAGGCCCCAGCGAACCUCUUCCCCUAAAGUGUGUGUCACCUGGGUCCAAAGAAAGCCGAGGCUGUGGGUUUGGCCUGGAACGGACUGCAAAGCAAAUGGUCGGGUGGGCCUUCUAGACUUGACCGGACACACUGGCUGUAGGCGUCCGGCUCGGAGGAGGAUGCUGAGAGGGAGCCCUAUCCACGGUUGCCCCUGUCCUUUCUCCCCCUUCAGCCGUCAUCCAUGCAGUGAACAAAAGGGAAGAUGCUUUUCUCGGGGAGUCUGUGGUUGACUGUUGGUCCCAAGAGUGUGUAGGCUCCAGGUGUGGAAGGCCGACGCAGAGCCCCUAGCCUGUCCCUGCAGACUGAGCUGAGCUGCCUUCUAGGGAGCUCCGGUUUAGAAGGGGAAAGCAGUCAUCUGCUCAGUUCAAGUGAACUGACCCAGCUGUGUCACAAAAGCCAAAUGUCACGGGUGAUCUUACGCACACGGCCACUGCCGUGGUAUUCCUAUGGUAUUCGUGCGUCUGAGUGUGAGGACCCUGGUGAGGACAGAAAGGCUGGGGUAAGAAACUGCUUGGCUGGUGUUCUUCGUUUUUCUCUGAGCACCCUGGGGCCGGUGACUGUGUGGCCUGGAAGUUAACAAACGGCCUCUGAGGAUAGGACCCAUGCAUGCAAGCUAGAGCCCAGUCCCGAAAGACUGUCCAGCCACCGAUGGACGGGCACUCCAGAACCACUUGAUGGCCUUCUAGUCUCCUGUCUUUGCACUGAAGAGUUUCUGUGGGGGAGCUUCAGGGUUUGGCACAGGCCAGAAUCGUGCAGACACCAGCCACGCCUGCCCACGCUGUACCUUCCCGCUCCUGUCUGGAGAGACUCCUUCCUCUCCCUCAUGGUGCUGGCAAGCCUGGCUGGAGAGGUCUCUCUCUCUGUCCCAUUCACUUGGGACCACAGGAAGGCAGUGCUCUUUUGACAGAGGGUCACCAAGGAUAGGACGUGCAGUGAGAGGGAGGACAGCCCCCAAACCCUAACAACGAUCUUAAUGAGGCCCGUCGCAGCUGCUUCUGUUUUCCUUCCUAACAGACCUCGGAGGGCCCUCAGCCCCGCAGCUCUGCCUGGCCUUCUGGGGUGGUCGCCCAGUUAGCGCCGUCUCUCCAGGCAGUGGCGCGCUCCCCUCCACACGUGCCCGAGAGUUCGAUGCCAGAUUGGCCUAGCACAGAGUGAGCCAGUGCCCAGCCCCAGCCGUGUGGGAAGCGUUACUCUGGGGACGCACACCCGGCGAGGAGGCCAUUUCAUUUCCGGCCGGCACUGAGCCAGGAGCCGGGCCUGUUUUGGGGGGAGCUCAGGGCCGUCCUGGAGGUGGUGCCCACUCACCGUUGCCAAGCCAUCGUCCGCUCUCCUCGUCCCCCGCGGAGUGAGCGCGCCACUGCCCAGCCCCAGGAGGGGCACCACCGCUAGAUCCUUUUCUCUGAAUGUUGAGUCUGGAUAGUUAACUGCCGCGGGAGGGUACUGUUCAGGGAAAACGUGGUCGGGACUUCAGUGUGGCUGUAAACACAGUCUUCCCGAAAGGCUUACUGACGUUUGAAUGUGCAAAUGGUAUGACGAAAGAGGUCGGGCUCUUUCGUUGGACUUCUCUGCGGCAGGCAGGUGUUCCAGGCAGGGUGCCUGCCCGGCCAGGGCUCGAGGCCGAGCUUCCUGUAACUCCCAGCUGGCCUUGUGCGGCUCCCAGGGCCCUGGCGUGAUGGGCAGGCCUUCCCCGGGCCCAGGAGCGAGGCGUAAGGGAGCUCCUUCCCGGGCCUGGACUCCUCCUUCGAAGGCCAGUGGCUUCUCUGCUGGCUUCGGUUCUUGGGCCUCCGAGGCCCUGGGAACGUGACGCCCAAAUCGAUUUCCCUGCAGCCAGCCGGCAACCCAGGGAUCUUGCCUGAAGUGCCCUGUUGUCGCAGUCCACUUUGAGCACAGAGGACAGGGAACACAAUCUCCACUUCAAUUCCUGCAGAGCACUCUUCUUGAGAAGUCAGUUGCAGGAAUUAGGGGUGAACCUUCCAUGCCCCUGAGAUCUCACCCACCAUCAAGGUGGGCUACUUCAAGCCCAGUGUAGGGGGCUCAGCAACCUCAGUGGACCACAGGAUGGGGGUCUCUGCUGUCUCUUUCCUUCUGUGAAAUCUUGAGGUCUUGAUAAAAAUCCAAAUUUCUUUCUUUUUUGCUGUAUUCUUAGGACAACUGGAAGAUGUUACAAAGAAAGGUAAGAUGGGCUAGGUGGUUUAAAAUGCAUCCCUUUUCUGAAAAAGCUGCAGUUCUCAAAGGUCUUGUGCAGAUACAUUCCCAAUGGAGCCUUUUGUCAUUUGGAUUAGCGUGAGAGGAAAAAUGUGAAAUUUCUCAAAUCAAACAGUUUCCCUCUCAAAAUCAGACAUUGCCCCACCCUGCCCCCCACCAUCUCUGACGGAAGGGACUGCCAUCGGCCUACUUGCUCUUUCAAAAUUGCUGAUCUAUUCCUCUCCAAAGGCCCUCAAAGCCCUGUAAAACUUUUAAAACUUUAGCCUUUAUGUCAAAUUAGAGAAACCAAACAAUGUGAUGGUAGAUGUGAUAAAAACCUGAGUUUAUUUUUCUCCCGCUUAUGAACGUGUAUUUAUAUUUGCCGAAUGAAUAUCGUGGUGUGAGCUUCGAUGAAUGGGAUGUCAGGCUUUCCCUGUGCACAGCGGUGGGUGGAGGUCACCUUAAAUGACUUUUUCUUCCCAUCUGUCUGUUAAUCCCCAAACCAGUUGCUUUUUCCAGUUGCUUCCCGGGUGUCUGUACAUAGUUUGUCUUUGUAUAGGAGCGCUCUCCUGUGUUCUAAUUUAACAGAUGAUGGCUGUAUGAGGAAGACAAUGUAAAUAGAAUACAAAUUAAACUGGAUCUCUAUGGCCUAGGUUUUGUACAUACAGAAACUGCAUGGUAUUUAAAUUAUUGUUUGUCUCUGAUGAUGUAUGCAGUUUCUUUAAAAACAAACCAAAAAAAAAAGUCUAAAAA